AGUCCCCUCUCGCCGCCGCUGCUCCCGCCGAGUCUCGCUCGACGAUUGGAGUUCUCGCGAGAGCCGGGUUUGAAAUGGCGGCGGGCGCGCUGGCGGUUCGACGGCGGAGGCGGCGGCGGGGCUGAGGGGCGGCGAGGCGGGCCCUGCGCGGCAGAAGAGAGGCAAGGCCCUCCGCUUCCGGCCUGCGCCUCCCCUCCCCCUCCGGAUGGAGAGGCUCCGACCGCGGCUGCUGAAGACCUAUGCGGGGCCGCGGGGCGGCCGGCGAAAGGCGGGCGGCGGGCAGGCCGGGCUGAGGCGCGUCGGCGCCGCCGCGCCCUGGAUCUCGCCCCAGGUCGACCGCAGGCGCUACUUCAGCAGCACCAGCUCCUCGGGGGGCGCCUCCUCGCCCUCCAGCCUCGGCGACCCGGACUUCCUGCCUCCCAGCUCGACGCGGCGCCGCAGGAGGAGGAAGAAGGGUGCCAAGGAGAACCGCGCCCCGCCCAAAGGGCGGCGGGCUGAGGACUGCCGCUUGCCCACCACCCCGCUGUGCAAGAACGUCACGCAGCGCCCCCGAAGGGCCAACCUUCGACUGCGCCCCCCCUUGGUGUGCAGCACCCCCCAGCAGCCCCUGGCUACUGAGAAGCAGAAUCCGGUGGAAGGGAGUCCCGCAGGGCACAGGUUCUCUGCCGCCUGCCGCUGCUGCAGCCCUCAGACCAAGCGGGAAUCCCUGAGGGACAACAGUGGCGCUUUCCGUGAUGUGCUCCCAGAGCUGAGUUUGCUGAACAUGGAUGGGGAUGGCGAAGUGCAGGCCGCCACGGGAAGUUUGGAGCUCUUCACACAUGAAGAUGCUGGGAGCCUACUGUGCCAGCACCCUUUCCUGGGUCCUCAGGUGCAAACGCCAUCUGUGGCGAAGUCCCAUUCUUCCUGCGUGCACUUUCAAAGCCACUGUGCCGUGCUGUCUCACAGCCUCUGUAGCAAGACAGAAGCGCCUCUCAAGAGCUGGGGAGGGGUUGCGGUGUCACCAAAUAAGGCCGCAUCUCCUCCAAGUGAGGCCGGCUAUCUUCCAGAUGCUGAUCAGGAUCAUUCCCCAAAGACGUCAGUGCCACCAAAGACCCCGAUGACUUCCCAGAGACCAUUGCAGGGAGCUUGCCAGUUGCAAGUCAGCGUGCGUGAUGGAAAGGUUGCCCUUUCUUUGCCAAAAGGGACGGAGGCUCUUGAUAACAAGAGACAACGGAUGUCUGUUGAAGCAGGUAUCACCCCUUAUAAAAAAGUGGGUGGAUUAAAUGGGGUUCUCUUAGACCAAAGAAGUGACUUCAGCCUGGCUGAAAACAGCCCCCAGCUGCAGCCUGUUGUCAUCCUGGACAAUCAAGUGGUACCCAACUGGUUGGCAAAUAAGUGCUCUGAAAAAAAAGUAGUGGGUCUUUUGCGGAAAAAGGAACAUGGCUUGCCGUCAGAUUCCCCCUGUGCUGUUCCUGGAGUGUCUGACACCACAAGCAGCAGUCAGGUGGUUCCCACCUGUGGCGAGGGAGCCACGGGGAGAAAAGCUUGUAUCAGUGGAUUCAGUUCCAAGAGAUGGGGUCAACAAGGAAAACUUGGGCAAGCCAGGCGCAAGAAGAACACAGGAUGGAAGGAACGGGCCGAUGCUUCCCUGCUUCAGGAUCAUCUGAAGUGGAACGAGAUGGAGGACAAUCUUGCUUUCUCUUCGUUCCCAGAUGGCUCCUCAGUAAAGAACUCCAGCUUGUGGCGCAGGAUCCGAGCCUCUCUUUCCCUCCACAAGAAAAAGAAAAUUCUGUCUGAGGUGGAAAGUUUCAACAGCACUGAACUGAGCAUUUCAUCUCCCAGUUCUCUCCAUGCAAGGAUGCCCAAGACCUCUUUCACAAAAACACUUGGAUAUUCUAUUUGUCCUUCCUCUUCCAUGGUCCUGCUGUCAUCCAUGAACUCUUUUUCCAUAGCAGAAGUGAUAUUGACAGAUGCAGAAAAAGUUUAUGGCGAAUGUCAACAAGAAGGCCCCAUCUCCUUUGAGGAAUGUAUCCCCCCGGAGAAAAUGCAGAAAUGUGAGAAAAUUGGAGAAGGGGUAUUUGGGGAGGUUUUCAAAACCGAAGGCGAGAAGGGAGCCGUGGCUUUGAAAAUAAUUCCUAUCGAAGGGAACACUAAAGUCAAUGGAGAAGCUCAGAAGACUUUCAGCGAGAUCUUACCGGAGAUCAUCAUUUCAAAAGAACUCAGUCUUUUGGCUGAAGAGGCGGAUAACCAGACCCCUGGAUUCAUCAGCUUGUAUUCUGUGCACUGCGUGCGAGGAGCCUAUCCUGAACAUCUCCUGAAAGCCUGGGAUGAAUACGACAGACUGAGAGAGUCUGAAAAUGACAGGCCAGAUUUCUUUGGAGACCAGCAACUCUUCAUGGUCCUGGAGUUCGUGUUUGGGGGCACUGACCUGGAGAACAUGAGGAACCGGCAGCUGAGCUCCGUGACAGUAGCUAAAAGCAUCUUACACCAGGUCACUGCUUCUUUGGCGGUGGCUGAGGAAGCGUUGCAGUUUGAGCAUCGAGACCUACACUGGGGGAACGUGCUGAUCAAGAAAGCCACUGUGAAGGAGCUGACUUUUAAGCUGAGAGGGGAAAGCCGCACCCUUCCCACUCAGGGAGUCCUUGUGAACAUCAUAGACUACACCUUCUCCAGGUUGGAGAAAGAUGGCCUCACAGUGUACUGCGACCUCUCCACUGAUGAAGAGGUGUUCCAAGGACGAGGGGACUAUCAGUUUGACAUUUACAGGCAGAUGAGAGAGGAAAACUCGAACAGCUGGGCUGACUAUUUCCCGCACAGCAAUAUCUUGUGGCUUCACUAUCUGGCAGACAAACUUUUGAAAGAGGUGUCUUACAAAAAAAAGCCCACAUCCCCCUCCAUGAGGCAAGCACAGAAACAACUUGAGUUGUUCUGUAAACAGAUUCUCGGCUUCUGUUCUGCCACAGAGCUGUUAAACACGAGCACCUUUUUCCACUGACUUGAGGUGAGCUGUAGGUUCCAUACGGGCAUUUAGCACUGCAGGAAGUGUUUUCUAAACCAACAGUAGCAAAUACAGCAAUUAUGUUUUCUGUAUAUAGAAAAAGAGGACAUAAGUAAAUAAAUAGCAGGAGAGGAGCUUUUUAUUUCUCAGUUGGAUUUAUGUUAUUGAUUGAUUUCAACCUAGAUGUGUGCUUAUACUUUGCUUUCAGUUAACUAAAAGAACAAACACCAUUUUGUUUCCUAGACACAGAGGCUUAUCUCACAAUAAAAGAAUAUUGCUA